CUGAACUUUUCAAAAUAAGCCCCGGACGAGCUGCCCGGGACGUUACUAUACCUAAAAAUCAAGACCAUACCAAGGGAUGGUGAUCGGAUUAUUAUAUUUCUUUGAUUGAAGAGCCGCGUUCGAGCAAUCCGUCGGCCGGAAGCCGCCGGUGCGAUUGACGCCACCGCGGAGGAGCCCUAGCGGAACUGACGUCACAGACCUCUCGCUCCUUGGCAGACUCGGUUGUCCCGCUGCAGUCCUAAUGGAGAACCGCGCCGAGUGUUCCUCAUUCUGAGCCAGUUUCUUCAAUAAUUAUGCCGCGGUACUGCGCUGCACAAGACUGCUCGAACAGCGUAUGUUACAGCGGCAGGCCUGCGCACAAGUUUCCGAGUGAGCCCACGUUGCGGAAGCUGUGGAUUCGCGCGGCCCGUCCUUCCCAGCCAACAUGGAAGCCCGCCAAAGGCGAUUGUCUUUGCACGGAGCACUUCGAAGACGAGGACUACAAGACGAGCCCGAAGUUACUGCAAAGUCUGGGCUUGCCUGUAAAACAGGCCUAUUUGAAGCCUGACGUGGUGCCAUCGCUCUUCACGCGAAAACGCAAGCGAGAGCGGCACAGCGGCGCCGUGGAAAAACGGCGACGGAAAGAGAUAAUUGCUGAAUUGCUGGAGGCACCGGCACAAGCAAAGGCCACACUCAUCGCUGAAGAAGUCAGCACAUCGUCAACCCCUUCUGGUGACGACACUGAGCAAGGUCCUGACUCUGGACAUGAACCGAUGCAUGAUGCAAAUGCUGGCAUCGAAGAACCUUGUUCGAGUUCAGCCCCCUCCAUCAGUAAUGCCAAACAGGCUCAACCUGACCUUCGGAACGCUGCUACGCAGACCUCGGGCAUCUACAGAAAUCGAGGCAUACAAGUCACCUUGAAGACUUCAUCACGAAAGUCCCAAACGAAUCCUGUCCUCGUGACACCACGAUGCUCCUCACCAAAUCAUGUCCCCCAGGCUCCAUUAGAUUGGAUGUUGCCUGAAGGGCUGACUCUGUCGCCGCAGCCGCCAGUGCGCAGACAACCAGCUCCACCACCGGACCCACCACAGCUGCCAACAAUAAACAAUGAGCUGCCCAGUGCAGGCCAGGAAGAGUCUGUUGAAGAGUGUCCCACGGAGCUGCCAGAGCCACACGUGGAAGCAGACAGCCUAUACCUCCCCUCCGACGCUAGCUUCCUCAUGAUGAUGUCCGACACCGGCUUUCUGAGGGAUGCACAGCAGAACACUGCAUCUGACAGCGCACCCAGUCAGCAUGAGAGCAGCAAAAGCAUCGACUACGUCUCGGAACGAAAGUUUAUUGUUUUCGAGUCUUGUUUGGACGAGCUACUAGGUAAUUGUCCCGAGUGCACUGCACUGUGCCGCAUCACAGAGAAGAAGAUCAGAGGGACAUGUCUCCGGGUGCACAGAAUGUGCAACAAUGGCCACCAACACACCUGGACCAGCCAACCAUCAGUGAAUAGGAGGGCCCUGGGCGAUGUGCUCCUAGCUGCAGCAACGCUCUUCUCUGGGAGCAUCGUCAAAAAAGUGCUGAGGCUCCUCCACCAGAUGGGCGUGCCCUGUUUAUCGUACGAGACAUACUUUAAGAUUCAGGGUGCCUUCCUUCUACCAGCGAUCAGACAGGUGUGGAACAGGAAACAAAACGAGCUCUUCGAGCAAGCAAGUGGACGAGAACUGGUCCUCGCUGGUGAUGGGCGGUCAGACUCCCCCGGGCACUCAGCAAAAUAUGGAACAUACACCGUCGUCGACGUGUCAACGAAGAAGGUUCUCCAUGUGGAAACAGUGCAGUCCAACGAAACGAAGGGCAGCUGGGCAAUGGAGCUCGAGGGCCUGAAAAGGACUCUACUGAUUUGUGAAGCCAAUGGAUUGACUGUGGGAGGAAUCAUCACUGAUCGCCACUCCAUGAUCAAGUCAUUCCUUGCCAAGUGGUACCCCCAGAUUCGGCACAUGUUCGACUGCUGGCACGUUGCAAAAGGCAUCAAGAAACGCAUGGUCUCAGCUGGGAAACUCAAAUCCCUUGUGGGACUCCAAGACUGGGUGCAGGCAACUGUCAAGCACCUCUAUUGGUGUGCGGAAUCCAGCGAUGGAGCGCCAGAGGAGAUCCUUCCUAAGUGGACUUCCCUGGUGGGACACGUGGCUGACUUGCACGAACAUGCCGACCCCCUGUAUCCAAGGUGCCAGCACGGAGACCUGGGGAAGAAAAAGUGGCUUCCUGAGGGACUUCAGGCACACGACAAGCUAAAGAGCAUCGUGCUGUCAAAGCCACUGCUGAAGGACAUCCCGCAGCUCUCAACCUCAGCGCAAACCUACGCAACUGAGUGCUUUCACAGCACUGUGAACCAGUUCGCACCGAAGUCGACACACUUCGGUUACGAGAGCAUGCAGGCAAGAGUCUUUGUGGCAGCGCUGCAUUUCAACGAAAACAGCGACAGGCCACAGGCGACAACUAAGGAAGGCAAAAAAAGGUUCCUGGUCAAGCGGCCUAAACAAACAAAGAGGCCAAUUGCAUCUCCCAUGAAAGGGCCCUGCACAUACGCCUAUGUACAAGAGCUCAUGAAGGAAACCCUCGCCCUCAAUUGCCACUACCCGUCGUACCGAGCUGCACGAAAGGCCAACUGUGUCGAGGCUCCCCCAACUCUGUCCAGUGGAUAUGAACGCCCCAACAAGGACCUGCUCAUCUCUAACCACCGUUCCCGGUUCAACUGCUAAGCUGAAGCUGAAGGAACAUGUACUGUCGGGGAAAAAUCAAAUGCGAACAGAAGAACGCGUGGCUUGCGGUACAAGCUGCGCCGCCUGGAAGCGAGCCUAGGGGCGAGGGUGCAUGGCCUACCCGAUGAGUUUACGCCCUUCGCUCGGCACUCCCCAAGCUUCAGCAGUGCGCCUCUUAGUGCACUGAAAGCUAUCACCACUAUCUUUGCUCACUCGGCGCAUGCGGCACAAGGAAGCUUGCUGCUUGUAGCAGCUAAAGCGCGCACUCUCUCGGAGCGAGCAAAGAUAGAGGUGGUAGCUUUCAGUGCCCUAAGAGACGCACUGAUGAAGCUUAGGGAGCGCCAAGCGGAGAGCAUAAACAUAUCGGAGUAGGCCACGCACCUUCGCCCCUAGGCUCACUUCCAGGCAGCGCAACCUGUACCGCAAGCCACGCGCUCCUCUGUUUGCAUAUCAUUUUUCCCUGACAGUACAUUGUGCAGGAACUUGAAACAUUUAUUUACACUAUGCACAAGCAGCAAAGCAGUUCGAUCUGACGUGUCAAUCGCAUCUGUUCCGAGCACGAGCCCCCGGCCGCCAUUUCAAAACGUCUGUGGCCCAUUUUCUCGUCUUAGGUCUCCGAUUGUUGGUACAGACUCCCCACCGAAUGGGUGUUACCCCAUUUUAAAUUUGUUAUCUCUAGCGGAUAGAGAAGUUGGUCUUUUCAGAAGACUGCCCCUGGCCGGGCGCACUAUACAUGCAAAAAUCCUGCCGUCUCGCCCACAGAAAACCUUUUCAACUCUUCCUAUCUUCCGGAGUAAACGUGGGAGCUGUUCCUUCAGAAGGACGAGCCCGCCCACCUCCAGACGUGGCGAUUGCUGGCCUUUUGUUUCAAGGGCAGAUCGAAGUUCUCUCGGGUAGUCUGACCUCCCGUUACUCAGAGCCUGUUAAAGAAUGCUUUCCUUUGUUUCCAUAUUUCUCGGAGCAUCUCUGGAGACGACGCAAAGUCUUCUCUUUCAGCCACUGGAAGUGCUGUCAGUCGUCCUCCCCUGAAAAAGCUAGUCGGUGUGAGCGGCUGGCCUUCGUCAAGCUCAUUGUAAACGAAUGUUGGGGGACAAGAAUUUAGCAUCGCCUCAAUUUCGCAUAGGACUGUGGACAACUCUUCUGCUGCGUUCAUAGUUUUUCUCCUGAUCACUUUUCUUAGUCCCACCUUCACGUAUCAAACCAGUCGCUCGUAGAAUCCUCCCCACCAAGGAGCACGCUCAACAAUAAAACUCCCCUCGAUGGUUGCAUUGGCGAAGUGAUUCACCACUUCUGAGUGUCGUAGGAUCUUCCGAAGUUCUGCCAGGUCUCUGGAGGCUCGCUUGAAGGUUAGCGCAUUGUUUGAGUAGAUGAUGCGGCAAAGUCCCCUCCAUGACACAAACUUACGGGCAGCUACAAGAAAACUUCUCGUUGAAACGUCUGGUACGAGCUCCAAGUGGACCACCCGCGCCACUGGACAAGUGAACAGCGUGAUGUACGACGUCCUUUGCCUGUAUGUACAGCAGUCCUGCAAAAUCUACACCAACUACCUCGAAAGGUUCAGCCUGCAUCGUUCUCGUACGCAGCAGAGGUCCCGCUGGAGCACUCGCCGGAAUAGCACUAAAUCGCUGGCACGUUACACACAGCGCAGCAUCUUCUUCACCAGCUCUCAUACCCCGAAGGAUCCAAUACCUCUCGCGGAGCUGGACUGGAGUGUGUCUUACUCCUGCGUGUAACACCAUCCUGUGAGCGUCGAUCACAAGUACCGUGGAAUAUCGAUGCUCUUUCAGUAGUACGAUAGGGUUUCGUUCAUCGUAUGUCAUGUUGUUCGAUCGGAGUCGCCCUCUUAUGCGAAGCACUACCUCUUGGUUGAUGAAACUACUGAAGUCUCGAAGAGAAGUGGAUGGGGUCUCGGUUCUGCUGGUCGCACGUCGAAGCUUGGCGGCAAACGCCGAUAUUAGCUUUUAGCCAAUAUGUCCGCGCUCCUUGGAUUUCCUCUGCAGUCAGAGGCCCCGAUUGUUUUCCCGUUGACCUAACGUUGUGAAGGAAUCGAAACAUCCACACUCUUGUUCUGUUGAGUUUUGAAGCUGAGCUGAAUGCGGUGACAUCAAGCAACGUUGCAGAUGGUGUUGAAAUGUCCAAUAUGUCAGCUCUCGGUCCCCUCUCCUCGAGCUUAUAUCGAGGUGGCUCCUCGCGCUUCUCCUUGGGCCAUUCUUUAGCUGGCAGCGGCAACCAACUGGUCCCCGAACAACAGAGUGGAGUGGAGACCAAUCCAAGGUGGUCAGACCUCGUGACAUGAGGUCGGCGGGGUUCUCCUUUCCCGGCAGGUGGUGCCAUGUCACACAUUGCAGUUCUUCUGUGGCAUUCCAGCAACCUUGUCAUUUGCCAACCUGAUGUCUGCCCUCUAUGGAAGGCCGACUUCGCACCUCCCAUUGGUCUUGGCGAUCAUAGUUUCGGAGUCUCGCAUGACAUCGUUGUCCGAAGGAUCGUCCACCGAUGCGUCGAUGACACCCAUCCUCUGAAGUUCCCAGAAUUGCUUGAGGCUUGGCAUGGGUUCGGGCUCUUGGACCGCCGUUCUCCGCAUGACCACCCUGGAGCAACUAAUAACCCGGGAGCUUGACCCUUUUCGUCCCUGAACCGCCCAUCCGAAUACGGGCUGCACUGCAGUCAAGCUUCCUCUGUCGGUGAAUCUUUCCAAUGAUGUACUCCCAGUAGUGAUCCGGGCCAAGCAGGAUAUCGAUGCCCCGAUGUUCCAGUCCGGUCAUGGCAUCUCCUACUAAGCAACCGAGCUCCUUUAAUGUCGCGACGAUGGAUUAAUCUGGGCUCGGGAGAUUUUGUUCGCAGAUGGUAGGUGUUUCUAGCAUGUCGAUUUCAUAUUUUUCGUAGUACCGUUGGUCCCGCAAAGUAAGCUGCACCCUGCGAAACAUACGUUCGGUGCUUUCGCCUCUGAACACGCCGAACGUGAGGAUCUCCAUCCCGAGU